CUUCCUCCUCCUUCAAACUUCCUCCUCUUCUACUCAACUUCAAGCUUUGCUUUUAUUUUCACCUCGUCUCUUUUUUUUUUUUUCCACACACAAAACCGUCACAAUGGUCAAAGCAGUUGUUGCUGGUGCUUCCGGAGGUAUUGGACAGCCUCUGUCCCUCCUCCUCAAGGCCAGUCCUCUCAUCGACGAGCUGGCUCUGUACGAUGUUGUCAACACUCCCGGUGUUGCCGCCGAUCUCUCCCAUAUCUCCUCCCCUGCGAAGGUUACCGGCUACCUGCCCGCCAACGAGGGCGCCAAGGCCGCUUUCAAGGAUGCCGACAUCAUUGUCAUCCCCGCUGGUAUUCCCCGCAAGCCUGGCAUGACCCGUGACGACCUGUUCAACAUCAACGCUGGCAUCGUCAAGGGCCUGAUCGAGACCAUUGCCGAGGUUGCUCCCAAGGCUUUCAUCCUCGUCAUCUCCAACCCCGUCAACUCCACUGUCCCCAUUUCCGCCGAGGUCCUCAAGGCCAAGAAGGUCUUCAACCCCCAACGCCUCUUUGGUGUCACCACUCUCGACAUUGUCCGUGCCGAGACCUUUGUUGCCGAGAUUGUUGGCGAGUCCCAGCCCCAGAAGCUGACCAUCCCCGUCGUUGGUGGCCACUCUGGUGAGACUAUCCUGCCUCUUAUCAGCAAGGCCAACCCUGCUGUCACCAUCCCUGCCGACAAGUACGACGCUCUUGUCAACCGUGUGCAGUUUGGUGGUGACGAGGUCGUCAAGGCCAAGGACGGUGCUGGUUCCGCUACUCUGUCCAUGGCUUAUGCCGGUUUCCGAUUCGCCGAGAAGCUGCUCCGCGCUGCCAAGGGUGAAAAGGGCCUUGUUGAGCCCAGCUACGUCUACCUGCCUGGUGUUCCCGGCGGUGAGGCCGUCGCCAAGGCUACUGGCGUCGACUUCUUCUCUGUCCCUGUUGAGCUUGGACCCAACGGUGUUGAGAAGGCCACCAACCCCCUGGAGGGCAUUACCGAGAAGGAGAAGGAGCUCUUGGGCAAGGCUAUCGAGGGCCUCAAGGGCAACAUCCAGAAGGGCGUCGACUUCGCCCACAACCCUCCCCAAAAGUAAAUACUUUCCUCCAAUUUCCCCAAGUGUGCUGGUAGCCUUUUCUAGUGUCGAUGGAGCCGGUCUUGCGCACAAUAGCUAUGACUACUAGGUAUAAUAUAUAUACGCGCGCAUAAGCAGGGUGGCUGAUGAUUUGCUUUUCUUUCAUAGGCUGUAAAAUGUCCCAGAGUCUCUACCCCUCCCCAUGCGAAGCCUUUUCUGUCGAAUAGCCUCUCGUCCCCAUUGAAUAUUAGUUCUCUGCUAGUUGCAUG